CCUUCUGUCAAAAGCUCGCACUUUCCCCUGCGCGGGUAUAUAAACCUCCUUCCAUGCCCAACUCAAGACCAAACUUCUCAUGGCGACAUUUGUAGACAAGCGCCAGUUUAGCCGCCUCGAUUCCCACAACGCCCUUGCCAAGUCGUAUCCCGAUUCCACCAGCCGACUCCGCACCUUCCCAUCUCCCUUCUUCCCUCCUCUCCCCUCUGUUUACCGAGCUCACGGCGACGAGGACGAGGGCGACGAUGAAGAGGAGGUCGUCGACUGGAAGAAGCUCUACGACACGAGUUCGCACCUCGAGGUGGAGCCCUCGGCCCGCGACACCCGCGACGAGGGCACGGCCGACGCCUGGAUCCCGCGCAACCCUUCGCUGAUCCGCCUCACCGGCAAGCACCCCUUCAACUGCGAGCCGCCGCUCGCGCGCCUUAUGCACCACGGCUUCGUUACGCCCGUCCCGCUCCACUACGUCCGCAACCACGGCGCCGUUCCCCGCGGCGACUGGGCCACCUGGACCGUCGAGGUCACCGGCCUCGUCCGCCGCCCGCUGCUGCUGACCAUGGACGACCUCGUCCGCGAUUUCGCUCCCGUCGAGAUCCCCGUCACGCUCGUGUGCGCGGGCAACCGGCGCAAGGAGCAGAACAUGGUCAGCCAGACCAUCGGCUUCAACUGGGGCCCUGCCGCCGUCUCUACCACCGUAUGGCGCGGCGCGCGCCUCCGCGAUGUGCUCCGCCGGUCCGGCGUCAUGGGCCGCAAGGACGGCGCGGUCUUCGUCUGCUUCGAGGGCGCCGAAGACCUUCCCGGCGGCGGCGGUUCCAAGUACGGCACGUGCCUCCGGAGGGAGGUGGCGAUGGACCCCUCGCGCGAUGUGAUGCUCGCCUACAUGCAGAACGGCGAGGCGCUGACGCCGGACCACGGUUUCCCCGUCCGCGUCAUCAUCCCGGGUUUCAUCGGUGGCCGCAUGGUCAAAUGGCUCAAGCGCAUCAUCGUCGCCCCGCAGGAGUUCGAUAGCUAUUACCAUUUCAGGGACAACCGCGUCCUCCCUCCCCACGUCGACGCCGAACUAGCCAACGCCGAAGCUUGGUGGUACAAGCCAGAGCACAUCAUCAAUGAAUUGAACAUCAACUCGGUGAUCACGACGCCGGGCCACGACGAGAUACUGCCCAUCAACGCCCACACGACGCAGAGGCCGUAUUACAUGAAAGGUUACGCCUACUCAGGUGGAGGAAGGAAGGUGACACGAGUGGAGGUGACGCUCGAUGGCGGCGACACAUGGCUGGUGUGCGAUCUUGACCAACCCGAGAAGCCAAACAAGUAUGGCAAAUAUUGGUGCUGGUGUUUCUGGUCGGUGGAGCUGGAGGUGCUGCAACUGCUGACUGCCAAGGAGAUCGCCGUACGGGCAUGGGACGAGUCCCACAAUACCCAGCCGGAGAAGCUAAUUUGGAACCUUAUGGGGAUGAUGAACAACUGCUGGUUCAAGGUGAAGGUCAACGUGUGUCGGCCUCACAAGGGCGAGAUCGGGCUGAUGUUCGAGCAUCCGACGCAGCCGGGGAACCAAUCCGGCGGGUGGAUGGUGCGGCAGAAGCACAUCGAGACGGCAGAGGCACCGUCGCAGAAGCUGAAGAAGAGCACCUCCACCCCUUUCAUGAAUACGGCCACCAAACAGUAUACCAUGUCGGAGGUCCGCAAGCACGCGUCGCGCGACUCCGCGUGGAUCGUCGUCCACGGUCAUGUGUACGACUGCACGGCCUUUGUCAAGGAGCACCCGGGCGGCGCCGACAGCAUCCUUAUCAACGCCGGCGCCGACUGCACUGAGGAGUUCGACGCCAUCCAUUCCGACAAGGCCAAGGCGCUCCUCGACGUCUACCGCAUCGGUGAGCUCAUUCUCACUGGCUACGUCUCCGACGCAUCCGUCCACGGCGCGUCCGAGCUCUCUCACCUCGCCACCAUCCGUGAGGCCGUGCGCGCGCCGCCUGCCCUAGUUAACCCCCGCGAGAAGGUCAAGUGCACGCUCGUCUCCAAGAAGUCCAUCUCCCACGACGUCCGCAAAUUCCGCUUUGAGCUCCCGUCGACUGACCAAGUUCUGGGCCUUCCCGUCGGAAAGCACAUCUUCCUCUGUGCCACCAUCGACGACAAGUUCUGCAUGCGGGCCUACACACCGACGAGCCCAGUGGACGAGCUCGGUCACUUCGAGCUAGUCGUCAAGAUCUACUUCAAGGGCGAGCACCCUAAAUUUCCCAACGGCGGGCUCAUGUCCCAGCAUUUGGAUUCCCUGCCUAUGGGCGCCGUCUUGGACGUCAAAGGCCCGCUCGGUCACAUCCAGUAUACUGGCUGCGGUAACUUCCUGAUAGACGGCAGCAAGAGGCCGACUGUGCGGCGGCUGGCGAUGAUCGCCGGCGGAACGGGGAUCACGCCGAUGUACCAAGUGAUUCAGACGGUUUUGCAGGACCCGGAGGACCCGACGGAGAUGCACCUGGUGUACGCGAACCGGUCGGAGGAGGACAUAUUGCUGUGGGAGGAGCUGGAGGAAUGGGCGCGGCUGCGGCCGGAGCAGUUCAAAGUGUGGUACGUGAUCAACGAGGCCAAGCGGGAGGGGUGGCGUUACAGCACGGGAUUCAUCACGGAGAGCAUCCUGAGGGAGCACAUUCCGAUGGGCGGAGCCAACGAGACGCUGGCGUUGGCUUGCGGGCCGCCGCCGAUGAUCCAAUUUGCGGUGGUACCCAAUUUGGAGAAGCUGAAGUAUGAUACGGCCAAUUCGCUACUGGUAUUUUGAUUAAUGAACAGAUCUACGACAUGUACAAAUUCUUCUCUAAAAUAAUUUAAGGAAUCGAAAUGGGAGGAGGAAUCAAUCAAA